CGUGGACAUGCGCAGGUGGACCCGUUGGAGGGUAGACAACAUGCUACACAAGAUGCGUGCGCACAUAUAUGGAUGUACUUCCGGUCAUAAAAAAGAUGAGAUUGCCUCAGCACCAUCAACCCGUCAGUCGCGUAUAAGGCUCAGUUCAUCACGCCUCGACUUGUUGCAUGCAUACAAUCGCCUCAUGCUCGGAACAAGCAACGACUACGAAGUCUUCUUCGGGAACAUCAUGAAGAAGUUGGGUGUUGCCGAGGACCGCCAGAUCGACUUCGACUUGGAGUCAGCGAACUUCCGUGUAAUGUUUCUCCUGGCAAGAACCAUGUUCCAUGAGUUUGCUCAUGCGUUUUGCAUGGCCUAUGUCUCCUCUUCCGACGGGAUUGAGCCUUGGAUCGCAGAUAACAUUUCUAACGAGAUUGGGUACGCUCUCGAGAAGUACGUCUUGGGCGGCUGUCCGACCCCUAAUGUAGUCAUCGACCACUCCUCUAUGAACAACGAAGAUCACGCACAACAAAAAGACCAUGCCCCAUUUGGACUGUCCUUUGCGGAAAACUGGGAUUUGUGGAGACCUGAAAGCAAACUAGAACUCAGGAAGUCGCCUAUCAACCAAGACUUGACGAAUGUCGUCUAUCCUCUGCCCCAACGACACAUCCACGAACUGUUUGGUAACGAGCUAUGGACACAAAAGGUAGACAGGUUUGGGUCGAGUGCGGUGAAACACCCAAAACUGCAAAGAUGGAAAGUUUUGCAGGACUUUCAGAAGCACUGGAUUGCUACUGCAGUGCCUCGUAACUUACUGAUAGAUACGGAUGCAAAUCCUGGCGGUCAUGGGUCCGCACCCCGGUCGUCAUAGACAUGUCGAAGCCUUAGUCCUCGGCCUGUCAAGUUACCUUACUGAACAGCCACUAUAAAUUUAAGUUCAACAGGUUUGUCCAAAGAGAUCACGAAGCAAGUUCCGCUCUUGGUGGACAAAAAACUAACUGUCAAAGGCAUCUUGCGCUUCAUCAGCUAGUUCAAUGAGCAGUUCGAAUUUUCCUUUUGCCAAAGAUACAUGAGCUCGGCCGCCUUCUUCUUUGCUACCUUUGACGCGGA